GGCGAUUAUUUAUGUGUGUUAAUGUUAAAUGUUAAAUGCAAAAUUACGCGUCGCUCGCUUCGCCCACGCGAAUCCGAUUGUUCAGUGCAAACACCCAAGUGAAUAUAAUAUGCGGUGACAAAAGUGAAAAAUCGAAAUGUGAAAAGUAAUUUGCGUUCGAACAAAGAACCAUAAAAUUGAAACUUGAAGGCGUCGUAAAAAAAAAAUCGAAAAGAAAUAAAAAGUUCGAGGAAGUGCUUGCUGUUUAAAUAAAUAAAAAGUAAAUAAAGUGAGAAUUGGAGUUGCCAGGUGGGCAUGGCCCACUGCCCGCCGAGAAUCCGCUGGAACAACCAAACGAGAAGCUGCCAUUGACCUCUUAAUCGAAUUAAGUGAAUAUAUUAGAAACCACAAGCUACGCAUCUCACUGUUGCUGGCGGCGGCUCUCCGUUCUCCAAUCUCCCGCAUCCCGCCACCAAUUCUCCGGUUCUCCGUUCUCCGGUUUGUUAGUCUCGCCGCCAGCAAAUGAACUUGCGUUCGAACUCCGCGACAAAAGAAAAUGCAUUUUAAGUGAAUUUCCUGUGCGCAGAAGGCAAUUACGCAGCUGAUAUCCACUCCAAAAACCCCGUGCCAGCCCCAUCCCCUCCGGCAAGAAUAACGCAUCUGCGAUGGCCACCACACCAACGGCUGGCUCAGCAGCUCAGACCUCAACGCCACAGAACUACAAGGUGCCAUCGACCAGCAAGAUAUCCGUGGACAAGCUCCUGCGGGUCGGCUACUAUGAGCUGGAGAAGACCAUUGGCAAGGGUAACUUUGCCGUGGUUAAGCUGGCCACGAACAUUGUGACCAAGACAAAGGUUGCCAUCAAGAUAAUAGACAAGACAUGUCUGAACGAGGAGUACCUGAGCAAGACGUUCCGCGAGAUCUCCAUACUGAAAUCCCUGCGGCAUCCGCACAUCACCCGCUUGUACGAGGUGAUGGAAUCGCAGUCGAUGAUCUACCUGGUGACUGAAUAUGCGCCAAACGGUGAGAUCUUCGACCACCUGGUGGCCAAUGGAAGGAUGAAGGAGCCGGAGGCCGCACGCGUCUUCACCCAACUCGUAUCGGCUGUCCACUACUGCCACUUGCGGGGGGUGGUGCACCGCGAUCUCAAGGCCGAGAAUGUCCUGCUCGACAAGGACAUGAACAUAAAGCUGGCAGACUUUGGCUUUAGUAAUCACUACGAAGAAGGCGCCACUCUAAGGACCUGGUGCGGAUCCCCACCCUAUGCUGCUCCAGAAGUAUUCCAGGGACUGGAGUAUGACGGACCCAAGUCGGAUAUCUGGAGUUUGGGCGUUGUGCUGUACGCCUUGGUCUGCGGAGCGUUACCCUUCGAUGGCAAGACCAUCUUGGAGCUGAAAAGUCGCGUAGUGUUGGGCAAAUUCCGCAUUCCCUUCUUUAUGUCGCAAGAAUGCGAGCAGCUAAUCCGCAACAUGUUGGUGGUGGAGCCUGACCGGCGAUACACCAUCAAACAGAUCAUCAAGCACCGCUGGCUCAGUGAGUGGCAGUCGGAGAUGCAAGAAGAGGAGCGCUUCGAUUCCCUAUCCUUUGCAUCCGGAUCGGGGACGGUGUCCAAAUCGGCAUCCACAUCCUCGCUGGGCAGUGUGGCGGACUCACCGCCUCAGCUGGACUCGGUGGUGAUGACGCACAUGCUCCAACUGCCCGGACUGACCGCCGACAUGAUCGCUCAGUCGGUGCACGAGCAAAGAUUCGACAACAUCUACGCCAUUUACAACCUGCUGCAGGACAAGCUGCAGCAAAGACGGCGCGAAAACCAAAGACUGCAGCACCACGCCAGCCUGGCCUACUCCCGAUCCCGCAAGACGAGCAUCACGACGGGCGUGGUGGAUCGCUCGGAGCCCGUAAAGCAGGAAUCUCUGGACCGGCUCAGUCCGCUGAGCAAUGCCAAUGCCUCCAGCUCGGCUUUGGGCUUUGGCUGGUCCGAUGUCGCCGUGGAUUUGGAGAAGUUUGGUGACUUUGAGCUCGAAUGCCUGGCGCGAUCCAAUGAGCCUCCGAUUAAUCAGCAGCACUUGAGCGCCCAGGCUGGCGGAGGCGUCAACGGGGCGAAUACGCGACGGCACACAGUGGGACCCGGAGAUGUGGCUCACGAGCAGGCGCUGGCCAAUCCCCAUGUACCGCCCAUCGACUUUAAGUGUCCACCGCAAUGCAGUGAUCCCACACAGCUGGUUCCCUACUAUCCGGUUAAUCUGCCCAUGUUGCAGAAUCAGCCCCUGCAAAAUCUCACCAUCAAGGAUCAGCAUCUACUCAAGCCGCCUGUAGUAAUGGGUGCCAGCUCAUUUGGACGUCGUGCCUCGGAUGGCGGAGCGAAUCUUCACAUCUACUAUCCCGCGACGGGCACCGUUGUGGGUCCAGCUCAGGGUCAGCAAAUGGAGACAGCCGGGUACUAUAUCAAUCCCAAUUGUGGCACAGAUCCUUUGGCCGUGCAGGAGUUGUCUCCGCUUAACGAACAGGCAGGAUCCCAGAUGCAGUGCUGCCAGGAGAAUGCCACCGGCGAAUGCAACGAGGAGCUGCAAAGUUAUAUGCAGAAGCGCGGAGGAACCCAGCGACAUACGGUGGGAUGUACGGAGGAUCUCUCCGUGACACAUGGCCCGGGACCCGGAUCACAAUCCCAGGCGCCAACUACCUCCUCCAACAUGCGGCAGCGGCGAACGGGUCUGCUCACGGUCACCGAAAGGCCGCCAGUGAUUCCCCCUGAGCUAAUUCGCGAGGUUGAGUCUCGCAUGAACCGCGACUAUCUGCCACCCACCCUGAAAUCUCUUAGCCAAUCGCCUCCCAAUGGCACAUACCCGGUGGGCGUGGCCCUGCCCUUGGGCAUGUCGAAGGGUGUGUCGCCACCCCACUCGCUGCCUUUGGUGGCAUCCGCCGGUGGGUCCGUGCCCCUGGUGGCGGCCAAUAACCGGCGCAUCCAUCCACGCAUGGGCCACCCGAAGUUGCCCACCGUUCAGGAGGGUGCGACAAUAGGACGUUACAGUCCAGUGCGUCGUGCCUCGGAAGGAUCUAAGAGCCAGUUCCAAGGACCGCUGCAGGAAUGCCAAUCCCUGCAGAAAGGUAUUGCACAGAGAAACUUUUUGGUUGCACCCAGUCCGCCGCUUUUAGAAAAUUCGAUCAGUUUGCCAGGUUCGCCCAUACAUGGCAAACCUGGCAUGGGCUUGCAGCUGGCCCUGCGGCGUGGCCAUGACAUAGAAGUUCCUCCGGAGGCCAUCAAGACCCUGAUGCCAGCCCUGGAUCGCUUGGUCAAGGAGCAGCGCGUUAGCUUCGAAAUAGCCAACAAGAUAAUCUCAACGCAUGUGGUGCCGAUGGAUUUAGCUCCUCUGCUGGGACUGGCAGCCCAUGCUUCGAGUGCGGCGACGGUUAGUGGAGGACACCUGGACCAGAGUCACUUGUUGCACCACCAGCAGCAGCAACAGCAGCACCUGCUUAGCUUCAGUGUUUCCCCACUGAGCCUGCCGCAGGGUGGUGCGGUGAAUGCCUCGCUGACCUCCGCCAAGCAGAUGUUUGGUCAACCAAUCUGUGGCUACCCGCCAUAUCAGCCCAUGACCCUGGCCCUGCAGCCACAGCAUCAACAGCAGCUGGUGGGCCAGUUCAGCAGCAUCAAUCUGGGAGCCAGCAACUCAAAUUCGAGCAGCGGCUGCCAGUCGCCGGUUUACAGUAGCAGCUUCAGUGGCAGUUGCUCUCCCAAUCCUUACCUGCCCUGCCCUGGCGGUGGCUCCUCUCCGCUACACCAGAUCACCAAGGGAAUCUCUGGAUUGAGCACUGGAUGUGCUGGUGGCUCCAUCACGAGGGGCACCUCGGCCGCGAGCGAAGGAGCAGCUGCAGCCGCCGCUGCCAAUCAACCACUGGACCUCUCCAUGGAUGUUUGCGGCGGGAUGAUGGAUCAGCAGCCCACGGACUAUGCAGCAACCAAUUGGUUCAUGCCCACAGCUUCGUAUUACGAUUUGAAACCGCUGAAUCUAUCGCCUGCACAACCUGUAAGAGUAGUGCCAACGCCCCCAGCGUCACCCAACUUAUGCAUCAUCCAGGAGGAGAAUGGGAACGGGCAGAUGUGUCACACUAUCAGCACGGGCACGCCAUAUGCCGGCUGUACCGGAGGAAUUACGCCGCAGAUAUGCCUCACCGAUGUCCAGGGCAGCGAGAUUACGUUGGUGGCUUUAUCCUCGGACAAUAGUCGCGAUAGCGAGGAUUCCCUGGAACAGCACACACCUGUUAUGUCACUGCAGGGCCUGAUCAUUACGGAACCCAGCAGCGAUAUGCCUUCAAUUACCAGGGGGAUUGGACGUAAGACCAGCCUGGACUGCGAAUCGAGCGGAGGAAGUCAUUGUCCAGUAGGAAGUAGCUCCUCCCACCCCGGCCAAUCACAAGCCCAGGCUCAAACCGAAGCCCAGUGCCGAAGGGGCAGCGACAAAUCGCUGGGCUUCUCGGACGAUUCGCUUAGCAACGACUCGAAUAACCUCUCGCCCUGCCAGGAGCCAUCCGCCAGCUCCGGCUUUAAGUCGGAUUCUCACUCGGAGAUGGGCGAUCAUACGGAAUGCGGUCAUCUAACACCCGAUUCCAUGUGCGACUCGCGGCGCAUGUCGGAUGAGAUGUGCUACGAGGUGCCGCUGCCACAUGAGUGCUCGAAUCUGGACUCCACCCGCAUUCUGGAGAUGGUGAAGCAGACCAUAGACUCUACAAUGCCACCCAAGGGCUUUGUGCUGCACAAGGGAAGCAUUAGUUCGGAGGAUAGUGGGGCAGAAUCGCGUCAUAGUAGUGCCUCCAAUGCAUCCAGCUCGAAUCCCUUGGCAUGCGAGGCGGCCUCGCUCCUGGCCUCACACUCUGGCUAUGGAGAGCCGACCACCAAUCUUAGUUUGGAGUACUCGGGCGGACUGCAGAUCGAACUGCAGGUGUGCGAGGGACGCAGCCGGGAUCACCAUGGAGCCGGCAAGGGCAUCAAGUUGCGCCGUAUUUCCGGGGACCAGUUCGAGUACGGAAAGAUCUGCCAGCAGUUGAUCAGCACCAUCACCAUGCAGCAGGUGGCAGGCUAAAUUGAGGAAUCCCGCCCUGCUACCUACCUAAAAUGACUACUCGCCUUGCCUAAACUCUGCGUAGCUGUGAUCAAAGCCGAUAUGUACGAUAUAGCCAUCCUAAAAAGUAGCAAUUGGACAGGAGUUAGCUUUCAAUUUCCUAAGCAAGUUUAUCCCUUUCCCGAUUUUCGAGUUCAGUAGCGUAAUCAAAAUUUUAAAUAUCAAUUAUAAACACUUUUUUAAAUUGUUCGUCGACCACACCGAUUCUUAGCUAGUUAAAUUCAAAACGGAACGUGUAUAUACGUGUAGAGAUAAUUCAAAUAUUCGCAAAAAUAUUAUAUAUAUUAACGAUUUACGCACAUGCCAACAUAGUUUAGAGAAUUUGUAAUACAAAUUGGGUGGCGAAAUGUUUUUCAGCAACAGGAGCAAGUAAAAUACAUUCCAGUAGCAGAAAUUUCAUACAAAGGAAACCAACGUUCGUUCUAGCCGUAAAGUUUAUUAAUAUUUAGAACUAUACUAUAUAUAUAUAUAUAUAUAUAUAUAUAUAUAUAUCGACUAAUGUUACUUUCGACUUUUGUGCAAUUCGUAAACGAGAUAUAUGUGUUUAUUUUGUCAACUCAGUUCAAUGACUAUACGUACAUCUAUAUUUGCAUGAGAUAUAGAUAACCUAAAUGUUAAUAUAUAGGUGAUUACUAAAUAUGUAGUUAGUUUGCAGUGGCAAUUCGUAGCUCCGAUUAGUGGUAAGCUCUUGAUUCCGUUAAAUAUUAAACAUUUUUUUAUGAAUGUAGUGAGAGUUUGUUCAGUUAUUAUACACACACGAUCUAUGGUUAGAGUUAUAUUCUACGAAUUAAACACUACAUUGAUACAUCUAUUUUUUAAUGAAAGACUGCUGUGAUUUUAAAUGUAAUUAAUUAAUUUAAAGCGAAAGAAAGAAUAAGUAAACAACAAAAAGGAAAAACAAAAAACUACAAACUUGAAACCAAUUAGUUAUAUCAUUAUAUAAAUAAACAAUUCAACUUUAUCUUAAAUAAAUUACCAAUUCUCCAAACAUUAA